CGCAAGCAUCCACCUCGACGACUUCUCUGUUUCUUAUAAGUUGCAGCCAGCCAUGGCGGUUUCUUCUUCUCUGGCUUCAAUUCCACCAAAACCCCCAUUUUUGAAACCACGCUAACUUCAAGUUAUGGUCUACCUGUUGAAGCCCCCAUCUCCUUUCCACUCCAGGUUUCAGCGAAACCCUAAUUUCACAGCCUCAUGGAAUUCCCUCUACCUUUCUGUCUUUUCGCAUCUCUGUUUCCAUCUUCUCUUCCAAAAACCCUAGCUAUGCUAUCUGAGAUCUGCCUAAAUGACCGGGGUUUGAAAAUUUAUAGUUAAAUGUAUCCGAAAUUUGGUUUUUGAUUUAGUCUUCUUGAGUCAGAUUCAGAGGAAACUGUACUUUUCGCUGUUAUGCGUUCUUUGUUUGCUCCAUGCAUUGGUUUCUUAUAGUCUGAGGGUUGGGGGUUUGUCAUCAAUGGCAAUUGUGACAGGAGAUAGGUACCUUGAUUAUCUGGUGAAGUUCGUUGACAAACAAGCGGGUCCUUUGCUCGAAGGAACUUUGGUUUUGAAGCUAAAUCCAGUCGGGCUUCACUAUGUUCAGUCAAGACUCGAAGCGUUGCAGGAGCUUGAGCGUCUUCUAGCUGCUGCUCCCAUUGAUUACCUUCGGGCUUAUGUUUCUGAUCUCGGGGACCACCGGGCGCUCGAGCAGCUCCGGAGGAUUCUCAGGCUCCUUACUUCUCUCAAGGUUGUUUCGGUAUUUCCGCCGCCUGCUAGAGAUCCGACGCCUUUAUCUUUAUUGCCUUUCGGACGCCUCAAGUAUUUGGAGCUCCGCGGAUGUGAUCUUUCAACUUCGGCCGCAAGAGGACUACUGGAGCUGAGACAUACUUUGGAGAAGUUCAUUUGUCAUAAUUCUACUGAUGCUCUUCGACAUGUAUUUGCCAGUAGAAUUGUGGAUAUAAGGAAAUCUCCUGUAUGGAAUCGGUUGUCAUUCGUUUCAUGUGCAUGCAAUGCAUUGGUUCUCAUGGAUGAGUCUUUGCAACUGCUUCCUGCUGUUGAAACGCUUGAUCUAAGUCGAAACAAAUUUGCAAAAGUUGAUAAUUUACGGAAGUGUACAAAGUUGAGGUUCCUGGAUCUUGGGUUCAAUCACUUGAGGACAAUCACAUCAUUUAGUGAGGUCUCCUGUUCAAUUGCCAAACUUGUGUUGAGGAACAAUGCUCUAACUUCAUUGCGUGGGAUUGAGAAUUUGAAGUUACUUGAAGGGCUUGACCUUUCUUACAACAUUAUUUCCAAUUUUUCAGAGUUGGAAAUUCUUACAAGCCUUCCAUCUCUUCAAAGCUUAUGGCUAGAAGGAAAUCCAAUAUGUUGUGCCCGAUGGUACCGAUCUCAAGUUUUCAGCUUUUUUACUUAUCCACAAAGAUUGAAAUUAGAUGAUAAGUUAAUUAGCAAGAGAGAAACUUGGAAGAGACAAAUUAUUCUUGCAAGAAGGCAGAAACGACCUGCUGGCUUUGGAUUUUAUUCUCCUGCAACACAUGAUGCUGAAGGGGAAGGGAAUUUUAACAUGAAAAAGAAAAAAUUCUCUCGCCUUGCUUCUAUUGAGGAUGACGAGCAGAGGAGAUAUACAUGUUCAGACUCUGUUGACCAUGAUGCAGGUUCCUGUGACAGUGAGAUCCGAAGUAGAGAAGAGAGUAUCAUUUCUGAUGGUGAAACUGAAAUAGUUGGUCUGGUAAAUAGGAUUGAAAGCAUGAAAAAAGAGCGUUCUUUUCUUUGGCUGAGAGACUUGAAAGAGUGGAUGGAUCAGAAUUCUGAGAAUGUGGGUGAGAACAGAAAUUUUACAGGUCAAAACUCAUUUCCUGGUAAAGAGAUUUCUAUAAAAAACGUGAAAAGACAAAAGAAUUUUGGGAACAGCUCAAGAUAUGUCACUGAAUCUGUUCAAGCAUCAGGAGAUGAGAAUAGCACAAAUAUUUUAGAAUCUGAGAACUCUUUUGCAGAUUCUUCUAUUGAUUUCCAUGCCCAUCAAUACUUUGAUUUAAAUCAAGAAAUGGUGCUUGAUCUGCCUGUUGGAGUAAAUGAUACCUUUCUUCCAGAUAGAUUCGCUGUCCAGGGAAAUGAUAAUAUGGAUGUAAAAGUUAAUACACCAUUGACAGCAAUUGAUGAGAUUAUGGAGUCCUAUUCAUCCUCUGCUUGCCCUAGCUCACCUCCUCAUUAUCAAGAGGAUAUCCUGCAUCGGCGUCACAAUCUGGAGGAAGAAUUUAUACAACUAUCUGCUGACUCAUAUUCGGUGGCAUCUUCAGAUAGUGAUACAAGCAGCAGUGAAGACAACUUCUAUCAAUAUGGGACAUCUUUAUAUGAAGUUGAUGGGUUACAGCAUAAAAAAUCUUUGAGCACAAUGGAGAGGAGUAUGAAUGACAACAUGCACAUACUUCUUUCUAAUGACAAUUAUUAUGAUAAAACGGACAAGGAGCUGGGCAUUGUAAGGCAGAACGGCAGAACUUUGUUGGAUACUUCCAUUGAUCAUGGCUUUAGCAUUGUAGGAGUAGGACGUCUAAAACCAGAUAAUGCCCAGCAAUCUUUCACUGACAAUAUUCUCUUUAGUGCUAGUAACAGUGGCAUUGAUCAUGUUAUGAGCCAACAAGCAGAUUCUUUGGAGAAGAAAAGAUUCAGAACCAAGCCAAAAAGAAGAAUUAUUUCACUAUCAGAGGAGAAUUGCAUGGCAAGCAAUGCAGAAGUAAGCUAUCAAGAAUUAAAUAACACCCCAGAAGUUUGUAAGGCCAAAAUGGAAGAUGAGCCACAAAACCAAAUUCCGAGGAUGAUUUCCCCCCCUCUUUCUGAGAAUGAUAUAUUUAUAAAGAACUAUUUUCAUUCAAAAGUUGCUGAUGCCACAGUCUCCGAGACUUGUAUGCAGUAUAUACGUUGUGACAGUAUACUUGAGCAGGAAUCAGGUUACCAAGAAAGAGAAGUAGCUUUACUACUGAGCAGUGAAAAUAAGCUAUACAUUCUACUCAUUGAUGUGACAUCUGAUGGGUCAGGAACUAUCUCAAAGGUCAUUGGAUACCAUAGACUUGAAGAUAUAAAAGAAAUUGUAGUUGGUAUAGGGCUACAGAUUUUGAGUGUUAACUUGGAGAGGGUUGCACCAUACUUAUUCAUAACUAAGAGUAUCGAUAAAUCAAGGAGAUUACUUAAUCUCUUGCAAGUUGUUGAUUCAUGCGCAAGUAAUAGAUGCUCCUUCAAAAGUUUGGAACAGGUUCAGCUUAAAUUGUUUGAGAGGCAUAUUUGUGGAGCUCUGAAAAUGAGCAUAUUUCUUUACACAAUGUUGCUUUUUCGACAAAGCAAUUGUGAAGAUGACCCAUGGCUUUUGAGAUCCUUAUUUGUGAUUGAAGGGUAUGUGGUUGUAUGCAUUGAAGACCUUGUGCGGUUCAGUUCUCUUUCACUGGAUGACAGAUCAUCAUCUACUUAUUUCUCCCUAGAUUCAUGCUGCUCCAUCAGUAACAUAACAGAGUUGAUCAUUGAGCCCUGGGAGAGUUGGUCUGUCACCUUGACCCUAGACCGGGUUACAUCUAAGAAUUUAGGUUGUUUUGCUGAUCCCAAGAAAGAAAAGAACAAGGCCAAGCUCAAGAAUGAAAAAAUGGCUAUGGGAUCUCUUACAUGGAAGCUGAAGUGGUUCUCUGAAGAGACUCUGUUCAAAUUUGUGGGAUUGCUGAAGGCCAUGUAUGCAGGAACAACCUUGUCUCCCCUACCUGUAAGAUGCAUCUCAUGAAGCUUUCUGUACUUAUUUUGGUAGUUGUAUAGUCAUUUCAUUCAUUUUUUUCCUGAGCUUCUUUGCAUUUUCAUUUUUUUACCUUGUUUUGGCUGCUUUGUGUGUUAGUUAUUCUUUCUCCUCCCCUCCCUCCGGGUUCUAUCUAUUCUUUAAUUUGUGUUCUUUCGAAUUUGAGUAGUCUGGUGUCUUUGUAAAAAUUGUACAGAAUAGACCAUUAAAGAAAAUUCUCAUUGAUUUUAUUUUCUUUUCUACAAGUAUCUGUACCAGUACCAUGUAAAAAUCUUUACAGCAACUAUAAACAGGUUUCUCUUCGGUUGAGUA